CCCGCCUCUGUAUCAUUUAUCUCUGCAGUCCUUGCUCGGAGAGGGGAGGGGACAUCUUUUUCUGUUCCCCAGCUGGGUUUGUUGACACACGGUCAAUCUUGAUUUUUUUUUUUUUUUUUUGAGGAGGUGGGGGAUGGGGGUGGAACAUUGUCCUCCCUCCACCUCCGCCCCUCAGCUUUUCCCUGAACAGUAAAGCUGCCACAGCUGUGGACUGUAUUAGCAUAGCUUCUCAGAAGCGAGGGGUGGAUAAAGGUGGUGUCAGGACGGAAGAGGCGCCGCUAAAUAUAUUGCGGCCAUUAGCUUUUGUCCAACACUUGAUGGUUUUAAAAGCAUUUCACAGCACCGGGGGAGGCCACGGGAGGGUUGAUUCCUCGAAAUACGGCCGGAGAGGAACGAGUGGAUUGAGGACACGAAAGUUCGUCACGCGUGUUUAGCCGAGCUCGGACUUUGUCGAGCUGAGAUAAAACAAAGGUCGGAAGGCGCAGGCAUGAGCGGGUCCAAGUCCAAGGAGGACGACGGCUCCUCACGGCCCGCGGUCGCUCGGAUAACGCGCAGCUCCAGAAGUACCGAGUCUCGGGACUCCGGACCGGGCCAGUACGGGAAACAACGCAAGAAGCAGUUGCACUCAGCCCUGACUCAGGACCUGAGUCAGAUGAGCGUAAGCGGGCAGGGAAGCCCGACUCCAAGUGAAGGAAAGCAGUUAGGUCAACGUCACGAUGGGCCCGCUUUGGGCAAAUGUGGUGGCGGCCUGGCCUCGGUGGCUCGCCGGAUGAAGAUUGGUCGCUGCAGGAACAUCGUCGUGGUGGCAGGAGCCGGAAUCAGCACCCCCAGCGGAAUUCCUGACUUCAGAACUCCAGGAACGGGCCUGUACGCCAACUUGGAGGCAUUCAACAUCCCCUACCCGGAAGCCAUUUUCAACGUGGACUACUUCUCCAACGACCCCCAGCCUUUCUUCUCUCUGGCCAAGGUGCUGUAUCCCGGCAGCCACAGACCCAACUACAUCCACUUCUUCAUCCGCAUGCUGCACCACAAAGGCCUGUUGCUUCGCAUGUACACGCAGAACAUCGACGGCCUGGAGAAAUUGUGCGGCAUCCCUGAUGACAAGCUGGUAGAAGGUCACGGCAGUUUUGCCACCGCUUCCUGUCACUUGUGCUACACGCCAUACCCCUCAGAGGAAGCAAAGCGCGCCAUCAUGAGCGGCGACAUCCCCACGUGCACUUUCUGCGCCGCAACAGUCAAGCCCGACGUGGUCUUUUUCGGCGAGGACCUCCCUCAGAAGUACUUCCUCCACACUAAAGACUUCCCCAAAGCUGACCUGCUAAUCAUCAUGGGGACAUCGCUACAGAUUGAGCCUUUUGCCAGCCUGGUGAACACAGUGCGCGCCACGGUGCCGCGUCUCCUGCUCAACCGGCACCCCGUGGGCCCCUUCCAGAGGAUCCCGCUACGCAGGGGGGACCACAUGGAACUGGGCGACCUGGAAAACACCGUAAGGAAGUUCGCCGAGAUGCUGGGCUGGCACGACGACAUCGUGGAACUGAUGAAGAGUCAAGAACAACAGCAGUGUAUCGCGACGGUCGGCGGCAGAAGCGGAACGUGCAGCGAGGAGUCGGACUCUGAGACAGACAGCAAGUGCUCAGCGUCAUCCUGUCCGAGCAACUGAGAGCGGGGAGACAAAAAUGCUGUCGUCGUUUCUUAUGUUUGACAUCACGUUUUUGCUUCUCGUCAAAUCCACUGUAAGAUUAUAUGACUGUUUUUAAUCAUUCUAAACACUACUUUGAGCAAUACUUAAUAAAACCUGUCGAGUAAUGA